AUGGGAACAAGUCAUACAAAAUUGAAUGGUGCUACAAAGCCUUCUGUUUCGUUACCCAAAGACAAGUCCACUCCUCUUGAAACAGAAUCAUCAGCAGGGAAGGCUAGCUCCCGAUCUUCAUCAAUCAAAACUAGGCCAAAUGGUCAUAUUCAUAACAGUCAUUCAUCUUCCGGUACAGCCUCAUCAACCAAUCGUCAUCUUGCUCAAUAUCAUUCAUGUAUUGAAUUUGUAUUGUCCAUUCUAAAUAUUUAUGAAGUGAAUUAUAAAUUACAAUUACAGGAUAUAUUAAAUCUAUUAAGAAUUCCUUACAGUGAUGGGAAAGUAUAUAAAUCCAUGAAUGGACAACAUGACGACGCUCUAUUUCAUUCCUUAUAUUUAACGAUUUAUAACAUCAUUCUAUUAUUUAAAUUUAAUAGAGUAAUGAAAGAAAAUACUUCAUUUCCAAACAUUCAUCUCAUUAUUAAAUAUAUUAAUUAUGAAUUAAUGAAAAUGAAUUAUCCAAGAGUAUUGAAAUUAAUAUCUAUUCAAAAUGAUGAUGAAUUAUUACUUUUAGAAUUAUUCAAUGCAAUGAAUUGGUUAAUUCUAUCUUAUAAUCCAAUAUUAAUCAAACAUGUCAUGAGUAGAGAUUAUUUGAAUCAGAAUUUUAUGAAUGGAGAAUUACCAACAAUUCCUCCUUCUUCAUCUUCUUCUUCAUCUCCUCCACUCUAUUCACAACAAUUUCAGUAUUGUGGUGAUCGAUCCAUGAAUCAUUCGAAAGAUUCAAAUCUUCAUUCUCUUAUUCAUCAAUUAGUGAUGAAUAUAAACAAAAUAUUCAUGGUGAUGAGUCAAAUCUAUAACAAAUCGAUUCAAUCCAAUCUCUUGAAUAUGGAAUGUGAUAGUAUUGGAUAUACACCCUUUGAACUUAAUUUAUUACUAUUAAAUGAUCAUUCCUCUCAACUCUAUCAAUUAAAUACAUUUAUAGGAUCAUUUAAUCAUUUAUUACAAUAUUAUGAAAUGAUUAUCAAUGAACGAAUGAUACGGUUUGAAGAUUCAAGAAUGAUUCCAUCCAAUGGUGAUGAUGGUGGCAGUAACAGUAGUAGUAGUAGUAGCAAUAGUAGUAAUAAUACUAGUGGUCAUGGUAAUAGCAGUAGUAGUAAUAAUACUAGUGGUCAUGAUCAUAAUACCAGUGAUAUGAUUAAUGAUGCUAGUAAUAGUAACAGCACUAGUAAUGAAAGAAAUGAAUCAUCAUCCUUUGAAAAUCAUACACCUUCCAUUCCAUUCUUAUUGAACUCAUUGAAAAGUGUUGAGAAGGAUGAAGAGCAUUUACAAGUCUCAUACAACUCUCUCAGUGAUACAUUUACUCAUGCACUUGGUAAGCUUCCCAUUCAUUCCAAGACAAGUAUGCGUUGA